UUGGAAGAUCGAUAAGUUUAUCACAGUUCUAUGUACAUGUUUGUGUUAAUCCAUUUCUUGUUUGCGAAUUAAAUCGGUUAACUAAUAUUAAAUUUAUUUAGUUACGUGUAACGUAUUAGGGCAAAGCAAGCAUGGCGGAUUUUUUGGAUUCGGAAGCAGAAGAAUCUGAGGAAGAGGAGGAAUUGGACGUCAAUGAGAGGAAAAAAUUAAAGAAAUUGAAAGCUCUUUCUGAGAGCAGCGAAGAAGAUGAGGAAGGUAUGACAAUAUUUACGUUUGUCCUAGAUCAUUUGGGCACCUGCGAGUAAAAGCAAAACUUUGCUACUCGUUGGAAAGGGUCUGGUAAAUAUACAUACGCUGUCAAAUGUGUAUACGUACUUCGGAAAAAACUUGGUUUUCCAAUUGGUAUAAUUAGAUAAUUGGUAAAAUCGAUCUUAAAGAGUUUGCCUCCUUAAGCAUCAUAUAUCAAGGUACAUUCAUACAUAU